AGCGUGUUGGCUCUUUUAGUCGGUUUUAGCUUCACUAACCAACUAAACUAGACUCCGGAAAAAAGCUCCGUUUAACUGUAAAGUGCAGUUUUAUUCUCAAGACCUGAUAGUUUAUAAAGCCGUGUUUUAUUGUAACGCUCGGUUUUAUUUAAAGAGUAAACUAAAGUUAGCUUGUACCUCCGGUUAGCCGCGAAGCUAACCGUAGCAUUUGCACAACCGAGCUAGCUUCAUCUUCAGGUUACAAUGUCGGCAGGAAGAAAAGUGAUAAAGAAAAAACACCAAGAAGAGAAAAUGGAUAAAAAGGUUUUUGAUUUUAUUACUGAAGAUGAAAAGAAGGAGUUGAGCUGCUCCGAUGAGGAAGUCAGAGAAGAUGAACCUCCGAUGGUGGACAAGUCGGCCAAAAAGAGACCAGCAGCUGCCUUUGAAGAGGGGGAGGGGCCUACAACCGCCGUGGGAAAUGAGGUUCACUCCAUGUUGGAGAAGUUUGGAGCUGACAUCAGCAAGGUGAUGCAGAACAAGAAGAAGCGUCUGGAGAGUCUGACCAAGAAUUACAUGAAGGGGAGCCAACACAAGCUGGAGCAGCUGUGGAACAGCUACCACGGACAGAGGCAGAAGAUGACUCAGCAGUACUCCCAGCAGGUGUCCUCAGCGCUGCAGCAGUGGGAGUCUGAAGCCCAGAGAGCUGAGGAGCAGGAGGAGAAGCUUAACAGUCUGUUCAGGCAGCAGCAGAAGAUCCUCCAACAGGCCCGAGUGGUUCAGAACCAGAAGCUGAAGACCGUCAGAGAACUCUACGAGCAGUUUGUGAAGGUGACCCUUGAUUCUGUGCAGGAAGUACAGCGUAAAGUACAACUUAAAGUACACAAGUACACCUCUUUUACGUCAGGUGGAGGUUGUCUGUUUGGUUCUGUUUAA